AUCCAUCUCUCUUUCUUUUCGGUUUUUUGUUUUGUUUUUAUUUUAUUCUAUUUUAGAAUGGGGCCUUUUUUGAACAAGAAGAACGUAGAAUAUAAGCUUUCUAUAAACAUACUGAAAGCCACAUAUUUAGAAACAGCUGAUAAAAACGGACUUUCUGAUCCUUACGCUAUUUUGUAUAUUGAUGGUAAAGAACGGGCAAGAACAGAAGUUAAAAAGGAAACUUUGAAUCCGGAAUGGUUUGAACGCGUCAUUUUUCCGUUGGACAUGAAGAAACAAAUGCGCUUGAUUGAGAUAUGGGUGUGGGAUAAGGAUAGAUUCAGGGACAAGUGUCGCGACGUUUUCAAAAAGAAGUCGUUUUCGGAUGAUUUCUUGGGUAAAAUUGAAAUCCCUGUGGAGAAGUUAUUUAAGACGUUCGACCUUUCAAAAAAGGGUGUGGAUUUCGAGCAAUCCAUAGAGUUAUCCAAGCCCUUGCUGAAAAAUCAUGAGGAUGAUAACGUAAAAGGAGAUAUUGUACUUGAAGUGGGUAUCAUCGCUAUGGAUGGGGACAAUGCAGCGUAACUACACAAAAGAAAAAAAAAAUAGAAGAAAAAGAGAGAAAGGUACAAAGAUUAAUGACUCAUCAAAUAGGUUAGAGAGGUUCUGGGGCAAGU